AUUAUAAUGUAAUCAAGUUAGCAUUACAACGUAAACAUGCAGUUACAAAAAGACUUGAUCCAGUUUAUCAUUUAGGAUUAAAGGAAUUAUGGAAUCAAGUCCGAAUAAAAAAUAUUUCUAAAGAAAAAAGAAACAAGUAUAUGGAUGAAUUAUUUGAAUUAAUUAAAGGUAAAAUACCUGAAAUAUUAUUUAAAAUUGAUACUUCACGUAUUAUACAAACCGUACUUAAGUAUGGUACAGAAGAACAACAAAAAAUUAUUAUUGACGAGUUGGAAGGAAGAUGGUUAGAAGCUUCAAAAAAUGUUUAUGCUAAAUUUGUUAUUUGUAAAGUUUUGAAGUAUUGCCCUAAACACAGGUAUAAAAUUAUAUCAGAAUUUAAAGGUAAUAUUUCAAAAUUGAUGCAACAUACCGAAGCUCGUAGUGUAAUUCUAGAAGCUUAUGAAUUACUUAAUGCAAAACAAAGAUCCUCUUUAAUCCAAGAAUUUUAUGGGAAAGAAUUUUCCUUAUUCAAGGAAACACAAGGAUUAAGCAUUGAGGAACUCGUAAAAGAAAAUCCCUCGAAUAAAGACAGAGUUCUUGAAAACCUUUCAAGAGAGAUAGAGGCAAUAAUGAAAAAACCAGGGUUAAUUGGAUAUAUUAUACCACAACGUAUUAUGUUAGAUUAUUUUACUCAUGCUAAUGAAAAUAAGAUUCGUGAAAAAGUUGCUUUAAUUGGAGAACACGUACAUGAAUUUUUACAUACGCGUGAAGGGUCUCGUGUAGCAAUGAUGUGUUUUUCUUAUGGCACCGUAAAAGAUAGGAAAACUAUGUUGAAAGCCAUGAAAGAUUAU